AUGGAUUGGGAUUUGAUGGAGUGGAUGAUGGAGUGGAAGAGAAGUCAUGCUGUCGAGAACGCUACUGCUGAUAACUGUUUGACAUCUGCUACUCCUAGCAACUAUGAUAACGUCCCCAACAAAGUUUGUAGUACGGGUGGAAAGGUGGGACAAGGGCUGGUGGAAGAACAUCAAAUAGUGAAGAGUGCGGAUGGAAGCCAGGAGCUGAAGGAAGAGGGGGAGGAGACUACUGGAAAGGUGGGACGAGGGCCGGUGGAAGAACAUCAAAUAGUGAAGGUGAUGACGGACGAGCAGGAGGAAGCGCUUCGACGGCAGAUCAGUGCCUCCCGAGCCAUCAGAGAGAGCCUUCUGGAGUCAUACAGGAGAAUUGCUUCCGAGUAUCUCUCCCAGCAUGGUACGAGGAUUGGAAAUCCAAGUACGGAUCCUUUGAAGUCAACUGAAGGCUGUAAGCGAUCCAAUAGGAAGCAGCGAUGGAGUGCAACCCCAACUCAAACGCUGAUUCUUGACAAAAUUUAUCAUUCAGGAAAAGUAUCUCCAAACAAGGAAGAGAUCAAAUGGAUUACUUCUGAACUCUCACAACAUGGUGAAAUUACUGUGUCUAAUGUCUACAAUUGGUUCCAGAAUAGAAAGACACGUGAGAAACGGAAGAGGGUAGAUGAAUUGGUACAUAAGAUCAAAUCUGAAGUUGAGCCAGGGGCUGAAUCCUCCAAUGGGAAGAAAAUCCAGUUAGAGAAAAUAGAUUUUGACAACAAACAGUAUCUCAGUACUGAUGCCCAUUUCUUUCAAACCUCACAAGUCAACUCUGAGAUGCAUUUCAUAAACCAAGAGUCUGAUAUAGCACAUGAAUCCAUCAAUUGA